AUGCCUUCCACAAAUAAAAUCAAAACUUGUGGACGUCGAAAACGCCUGCGCUACUUCGAAUCAACAGCUGAUUUAAUCUCACGUAAAAUUAUUACCUCUGGUGAAGAAUUCAAUCAUAAUCAAGUGCACACAUUAUUAUUAUCCUUAAAAUCGCGUAAACCAUUAUCUCGUUCAAAAUUACGCUGUGAACCAGAUGGGAUAAGACUGAAGCGUAUUUCAAAGUUUAGUUCACCACCGCCAAGAAAAUUCUAUGCUUAUAAAGAUAUUGAGCAUUAUUAUGUAUUUGAUAAUGAUCCUACAAUUCUUAUUCUAGGCUGUAUUGAUCGAGAACAGAAUUCACGUUAUUAUGAUUUCUUCAAAUUACCUGAAUCCCAUUAUAAAGAUAUUACAACACUGAUUGAUAAAGCAAGAAGUCAUUCUGAUUAUGUUCUGAAUGAAGAUGACACAACCUUACCAACUCCAGGUGUUUAUUCAUCACAUUCUAGUUUAAAUGUAUCCACUGAACACCUAUCACAUAACAAUAAUCUACCUUCAGAAGGUAGUGUUCAUGAAAAUGAAAGCUAUGCAAAUAUAGGCAUUAGCAAUAAGACAGAAAAUGACAACAUAACUAAAGCUUCAACGACUGAUCUGCGCGGAAGUACAACUGAAACCAUUCAACCAAUUGAAACGCAAUCAUUGCAACAAAACAGUGAUGAUCAUGACGAUGUGAUCAUUCACAAUCAUUAUGAUGAUCAUGAAGAUCCAAUUGAGCCUAUACUGAUUAAAUGUGAACAAGAGACAUGGGGAACGUCUUUAAAAACUACUGCUCCACCUGAUCAUCAAAAAGCUUCACCAGUAUCGAUGAAAGUCAAUGAACCACUACCAAAAGUUGUCUUUAACGAGGAUGAUGAUGAUGACAGUGAAAUAGCUAGUUUAAAAAUGAAAUUCAAGGAAUUAAAAGAGAAAGAUGAAACAUUUGCAAAAUUAAGUGAAAAUAUCAAUGUGAAUGAUUUAACCGCUAUGGAUUUUCGUUAUGUAGCAACACAUCCAGAACACGGUAAUCGUAUCGCUGAUAAUGGUGACGUUUAUAUUUUUAUUGCACAUUAUAAACGACCAGAGAAUAUUAAGAAUCUUGACGCUUAUAAUCCUGAAGCCUACACAAAUGUUGAUGAAAUCAUUAGUGGUGAACAUCAUAGAAAGAGUACAGCUGAUAAAAACUUUUGUUUACAAUAUAUUUAA